GUUGGAGCUACUUCAAGAGGAGAAAAGGAGCAGAUCAUGAGGGGACCCCACAGUCUGGCAGCUGCAACCUUGGCUCUUCUCCUGGCGUUCUCGGUCUUCGGAAACUCUGGUGGCGCCCCGCAGAGACUCUGUGAGAGAAGGAACUGGACGCCGCAAGCUAUGCUCUACCUGAAGGGAGCACAGGGGCGACGCUUCAUCUCCGACCACAGCCGCCGGAAGGACCUCUCCAGCCGGCUGCCCGCAGAAAGACGAAGUCCAAAUCUCCAGCUACUGACACUUCCCGAGGUGGCAGCCCUGUUGCUGGGGUCCCUGCAGAGACCCCAAGAAGAUACAGAAAAAAACUUGGAUCAAAGCAGAUUCCUGGAAGACAGUCUGUUAAGUUGGUGA